AUGUUUAUAACAAUAAACAAUUAUUAUUCAAUAAAUUAUGGAUCAGAACGUGAAGAGCAAGAGUUGGCAAAUACACCAGCAGAAAAGGAGGCUAUAAAGUUAUUAAGUGGUGAUAAAUCAUAUCGUUCAAAGGUUUAUGGCAAUGAUAAAUCAUUAUCAACUAAUCCAAUUCGAGCCACACCAUCCACAGCAACUCUUUGCUAA